GUUAUGACGACCCCCAACAAAGGAAACAAAGCCUUAAAGGUGAAGCGGGAGCCGGGCGAGAAUGGGACCAGCUUGACAGAUGAGGAGCUGGUGACCAUGUCUGUGCGUGAGCUGAACCAGCAUCUGCGGGGCCUGUCCAAGGAGGAGAUCAUCCAGCUGAAGCAGCGUCGGCGCACGCUGAAGAACCGAGGCUACGCGGCUAGCUGUCGUGUCAAGCGUGUCACCCAGAAGGAGGAACUGGAGAAGCAGAAGGCAGAGCUGCAGCAAGAGGUGGAGAAGCUGGCUUCUGAGAACGCCAGCAUGAAAAUGGAACUUGAUGCUCUCCGCUCCAAGUAUGAGGCGCUUCAGAACUUCGCCAGAACCGUGGCCCGGAGUCCUGUGGCCCCAGCUCGGGGCCCUAUCACCUCCAGCAUGGGGCCCCUCGUCCCUGGCAAAGUCGCCACCACCAGCGUCAUCACGAUAGUGAAAUCCAAAACGGACGCCCGGUCUUAG